AGUUUCUUUGGCUUUGGCCAGAGUGCAGAAAUUGACUUAGUUUUAGAUGGACAAGAAAAUCGCAGGCAAGCAGAGAUUAAGACUGAAGAUGGCAAGAGGGAGAAGUGCUACCUCUUCUUUGAUGGUGAAAGUGUCUCCGGAAAGGUGAAUGUAACAUUGAAGAAAAGUGGCAAACUAGAACACCAGGGAAUAAAAAUUGAAUUCAUAGGACAAAUUGAACUGUACUACGACAGGGGGAACCACCACGAAUUCACGUCAUUGGUCAAAGAACUUGCAAGGCCUGGGGAACUGACACAGAGCACUAGUUACAACUUUGAGUUUUCACAGGUGGAAAAGCCCUAUGAGUCCUACACAGGUGCCAAUGUCCGAUUAAGAUAUUUCCUCCGAGUGACCAUCGUCAAACGCAUCUCUGACAUGGUCAAGGAGCUGGACAUUGUUGUCCACACGCUGUCCCAGUACCCUGAGAUGAACUCCAGCAUUAAGAUGGAAGUGGGAAUAGAAGACUGCCUACACAUUGAGUUUGAAUACAACAAGUCCAAAUUUCACUUAAAAGAUGUGAUAGUUGGUAAAAUUUACUUCAUUCUGGUGCGAAUCAAAAUCAAGUAUAUGGAGCUGCAGGUGAUCAAACGAGAGACCACUGGCUCAGGGCCGAACACAUUCAACGAGAAUGAAACGAUAGCAAAGUAUGAAAUCAUGGAUGGAGCACCUGUCAGAGGUGAGUCAAUACCAAUUAGACUCUUUCUGAGUGGAUACGAACUCACGCCUACCAUGAGAGAUAUUAACAAGAAAUUCUCCGUCAGGUAUUAUCUGAAUUUGGUCUUAGUGGAUGAAGAGGAGAGGCGCUACUUCAAACAGCAGGAAAUCACCAUAUUCAGACGAGCUGACAAAGUCCGAAAAAACUAUCAAGCAGCUCUUUCCCAUCACAACCCCUCUCUGUUAUCUGACGGCAGUAGCGGUAGCAAGUCCCCCGGCCAGCCACAGCCCCUGCAGCAGGAGGGUGACGAAGGAGACAAGGACAGAGAGGAGAAAAAAGAUGAGGAGGAUGGAGAGAAAAGUUAA